AUGUUAGAACGAGCCAUGAAAUCGAAAAAUCCGCUCGUACUGAGGAGAUGCCUUCAAAAUGAAAACACUGCUCACAACUCUUCCGAUAGACUACACACUCUUCGCCAGCAAGCCAAUACGCUCUUGGAUGAACUGGAACGUGAGUACCAACUUGUGGAGGAUUUGGAAUCACUUGUUCAAAGUAAGGACAUGGAUAAAAUUCUUGACUUGAGAGAGAAAUGCCAACAUCUUCGACACAUAUCUGCGGAACAGGUGUUGAACGAGUGUGAUAACUUGAUCAGACAGUGUAAUGAGAGCGUACUGUAUGUACGUAAUUAUAUUUCGGGCACAUACUGUACAAAGAAAGAGCUGGAGGAUUAUUUGAGAAGUAAAACCAUUUCCAAACAAGAUAAGAUGUUACUACGUCAGGAAUGGACACGCAGCACAAGUAAGAAGAUGAUGGACGAUCUGAUUCACGAUAGUCAGCUGUGCAACAUCCUCAGCCUUCAGAAAACCAUAGACCAUACCAAAGAUUUUCUUUCAGACAUUGGAGAAGAACCUCAUUUUGAAAAUAAGGAUAUUUUAUUAAUCAAACUGCAACAAGCUCAAGAAUUAAUGACACAAUUAGAGUCGUUGAAAAAUGUACUGUCUACUGAGAUAUUGAAUGAUCAAAAUUUGGAAAGUAUCAAGAAGGCCAUACAAAAGGCGUCCGAAAUGAAUUGCCUCGAAGAAGAACGUACAACAGCCCAAAACAGGGUCCAGUUAUUCAUGUAUGCAAGACAAAUACUUGACAAUCCAAGACCUGUAUUGAAAGAUGUUGAUAACAUCUUGCAACAAGCGCACUCUUGGCAAACAUUGGAUGGCACGACGUGGAAAUCACUUUGCUCGCUUAAGCAGCGGUUGACUGAUGAAGAGCUGUUGAAGCAAGACAUCGAAAAAGCAUUGCACGACAAGGACAUUUUUUCUCUUCAAUAUUGUCGUGAGAGAGGAAAAUAUUCUAACCUCUUGGAGGAGUAUCGAAAGCAAAUCGAUCUGGUACUUGCACAGCAAAAACAUGCCAAGGAAGACCUAUUGGCCCUCACAAAACGAUUUGUUGAAUUGAAGCACAUCGAUGAAAAGGAGUAUCUCAAGUUCAAAGAUGUUCUUCCUGAGAAAGAUAUUAACGCACUAAAAGAGAUGGCGUUGAAAAUAUGUCAGCAAAAUCAAGAACAGGAACAAUUAACGAAUAUCAUGGAAAACGAAAUUAAGGAACAAAUUCAAGAGCAUGAAAAUCAAUUGCAAUCAUUGAAAACCAUCUUGGAAGAGAAGCAGCGAGAAAAGGAGUGUAUUCUUGAGUCCAGCACGUCAUUGGAUCUCGAGAUUCAACGGUUGAACCAAGAAUGCGAAUCUCUAAAACAAAAAGCAUUGGAAGCCACUCUAAAAAGAAAUCACAUUGAGCAGCUGAAAUUAGAAAAUAUACGCCUAUUGCAAGAACAGCACGAUAGAAUUCGAGAUACUGAACAACAAUUAACACAUCAAGAGGAUGAAAUUUUGGUUAAUAGCAAACGUAUUGAGGAUCAAGUCAUAAAAAUCAGAGAGUACGAAAAAGAGCAUGAGAACGUGCAAAAGCAAAUGACGUCUCUGAAAGACGAAUUUCUGUCAAUUCAAGCUAAUUUGGAUAUUGUCAUAAAACAGCUUCAAAACGAGAAGUCUAGUAUGGAUAUUCUUAGAGAGGAAUUGAAGCACAAGGAGCUGGAGGUGAUAUCGCAGAAAAAUGAAAAGAACACACUCAUGGAAUGUGUUGCACAAUUACAAAAAACAAGUAACCGUUUGAAUGAAGAAUUGAGCAAUCUCUUAUUGGAAAAAGAAACCUUACGUAAUGAGGAAAUUAAUACCAGGAAACAGUUAGAAUCAAUCCAAGCUAUUUGUGCUAUCCAAUUACAAGAUAUUGACAUGCUGAAAAAUGAAAUUAGAAGGUUGGAAAAAGAGAGGACAAACAUGGACUUGGAGAAAGAGGCUUUGAAUUUAGAGCUUAAAAACUGCUUUGAAAGUUUGUCUGCAAUACAAAACUCCAUGGAGCUACAGCGGCAUCAACUGGAAGAUUUGAGGGAAAAGACUCAUGCUAGAAGCACAGAGUGUAUGGAAUUGGAAGCAUUAAUUCAACAAGAGCAGCUGGCUCUUAAUGACAAGCAACUGUCACUGCAAGAACACUUGAAACAACGAGAGAAGCUAGAAGAAUUACGAAACUCAGAGGAACAAAAGCUCACUGAAGAGAUCAAGCUUUGUGAAAUAUUGCAUCAAGAGGUGUUACAAUUAGAACAGAUUCGCAAUGAAAAGGAAGAGCAGGCAAGGGUAAGACAACAAGAAAAGUACAACCUGGAGCAAGCGUUGAAAUCCAAUCUAGAAGAGAGAUUUGAAGAGGAGAAUGUACAAAUCACUCACUUAAAGAACAAUUUGACCAAUCUCCAACAAUUGAUACAAAAAGAGGAUGAAGAAUUCAAAAACACUCAGGAAAGUAUUUCUAUGCAAAAAGAGUCUAAUCAGAGUGUUAUUCAAACACUCAAGAAGCAACUAGAGGAAGAAGAGAAUUAUUUGUAUGAAGUAACAGAUCUGAUACAGAAAAAAGCCCAAGAAAAUAGUGUGUUGAGAAAUGAACUUACCCUUCUCAAAGAGCAGCAUUUGGAUUUAGAAACACUUCAUAGAGAACAAUUAGCGAUCAAGGAAGAAUAUCAGAAACUUGACAUUCUCAAACGUGAGCUAGCUCAAAAGGAGACAGAAAAGAACCAAAUAGAAGUCGAGAUGGAGUACAUUUCUCAACAACGAAAGCAACUAGAAAGCAUAAAGACAAAGGAAAUGGAAGAGUUAAAACAAUAUCAAACACAACUAUCGGACAAGCUGAUUGCAGAAGAAAUGAAAGUCAAACAAUUGGAAGAAAUGAUUAAGACGAAAGAAUCUCAGAAAGAGUUACAGACUGAAAAGCUCUACAAGAGAGAGACGGAAUUGCUUUUGAAUUGGAAAACAAAUAUAAGGAGCAGGAAGAAAAACUGA